UCAUAGAUUGAACGAUGGUAAAGACAUGAUGGUUGCUCCAGUUACAAAAAUAUGUAUAUGUUUCGGAAUUUUUCUGACUCUUUUUCUCUGCCUAAUGACGGCAAACUAUGAUUACCACACACUGUUGCCGAAUUAUUGGAAGUACAGAAACACAAACCAAAUAGCUGUAUUGAAUAAAGUUAGCAACUACCGGUAUUUUCCAACAAAGCAAACACCAAGUCAACAUAUAGCUUUCUUGAAAGUUCACAAAACAGGAAGUACAACGGCUCAGGGAAUCUUCCUUCGUUACGGACUCAAAAGAAAUUUAACUUUUGUCGUCGCCAAUAAUAAAUCAACGUAUCCUAACGUUAUCAGUAUAGAGGAAUCUGUUAUACCUGGAUACAAUAUCGUUCCACCUCCUAAAGGCAGAAGAUACGAAAUAUUGUGUUUCCAUGUUGUUUAUAACCGUUCCGCUUUUGAAGGAAUUAUGCCAAAUGAUACAAAAUACAUAGGUAUUGUCCGUGAACCGUUUCAGCAAUUCAAAUCAAUCAUUCGGUAUUUUGAUUACGCUAAACAUAAUAAAUAUGCCCAGUUCCUUCGUCAGUUUCUACAGAAUAUUACUUUGUCUAAAAACAAGGAAAACCAUAAUCCAGCAACGACCGUUUUGAACAACAGAAUGGCAUUUGAAUUUAAUUUUCCAUUGCACCUUUUUGAUUCUUUCAGUUUGCACGAGGUUAAGCAGUAUUUACAGAAACUUGAUGAGGAGUUCGACCUUGUCAUUAUAAACGAGUAUAUGGAAGAAUCAGUCGUCCUUUUAAGACGAAUGUUAAACUGGGAUGUUCAGGAUGUUCUUUUUGUCAAUCUGAAUGUUAAUCAAGGAAGUUCAGACUUAAAUAAAGUUGGACUGAAAGAAGUACGUUUAUAUCGAAAGUAUGCUGCACUUGAUUACGAAUUAUACAACUUCUUUCUAAAACGAUUAUGGAAACAAAUUAAUUCUUAUGGGCAUGAUAUUCUAGAAGAAAUUUCAUAUUACAAAUUGUUAAGGAAGAACUUAGAAAGCUUUUGCAAUAGCAAGGAGACGCCUAUACUGAUUGUAGAAGAAUCAAACUGGAGUUCGUCAUUCCAAGUGACACAUGAGGAUUGUGACUUUAUGAGGCAGGGGGAGUUUUGGUAUCUUAACGAAAUAAUGAAGCAGCAAUAUUCAAAGAAAACUGUAUAUUGACCACAUACCUCUAGCCUCCCCCUUUAUUAUGUUAUAUCAUACCAGGUCUUUGAACUUUUAUCGGGAAAAUUUAUAACAAAAUCAAGCGCACCAACUAAUUUUUCUCACAAAAGAAAUGUAACACAUUAGGCUCGAUAAGAUCAUGCAAUGAAGAUAUACUGAAGUAAUAUUUGCUAAAAUCAAACUUUUAAAUUACCUGAUAAGAAAAGAUGUAUGAAAUA